GUCUUGUGUUUUGUUGUACACGUCAGUCGAGAUGUGCACACAUUUACUCUUGCUGGUGUUUCUGAGUCUAUACUUCAUCCCUUUUGUGUUGUCUGUUCCCAAUUAAAGGAGCUCUGUCAUUAUGUAUUUGGAUAUCUGCUCAGGCGUCACAUGAUUCCUGCUCAGGUUAGCCUGAGGUGUGCUGAAAUGGUGUACAUUUUUAUUCACGGUGAGUUUGGCACAAUCAAGUCAAUCUGGAGCGCAUUUCCCAUGAUGUCAUGGGACGUAUGCUGAGAUGGUUUAUUAGAGUGUGCAUAUGUGUGUGUGUGUGUGUGUGUGUAGUCAGUGGGCUGUUUUAAACUGCCAGACAUUGAUCUCAGAAAAGGAAUGUUACACUGUGAGAUGAGGAAAAGAGGGAGAAAACAACAACAGAAGGGGGAGGACAGAGAUAGAGAGAGAGAGAGACAUACAAAGGGAGAGAGAGAGAGAGAGAGAGCGAGGACAAGAGGAUAGACCAGUGGGGCCGGUUUGUGCCACUGUACACAUCCCAUCAUGCAAUGCUAACACAGAGAAACAACAGCGAGGGAUGGAUAAGGAGCCGAUGUCAUUACACAACAGAGAGCCGCCUUUAUCAUGAAGCCUUGUCAGCGACACAAAAGUCGAACAAAGGUAAGGCGUUGGGAGCUCAUCGGUGAAGGUCUGCUGGGGAACUCAAAGAAUUCCAUGGAUAGAAGAGCAUAAAAAUGAGUACCGCCAGACAGCCAACCAUUAGCGCACAAUGGUUAGCUUGAACCUAACGUAGGAAACUGCCGCUGCCCAAUCCCUUGGAAUAACGUAAAUAAAUCCAGUGCAGUCAUCGAUUCUCUUUUUAAAGAUUUGGCUCUUGACAGGUGCUCAUUAACUUUGUUUAUGCUCUUGACAAUGGAUGUGUCCCUGCUCUCCGCUCCAGCGACUGAGUACACUAAUCAGAGGACUUUGCUGAGCCUCACGAGUGCGUCUGCCAACUCUCCGUCUGGCAGUCUCACUCGCAGGUCAGGUGUUAGGCGAGGCCGAGCUGAGGAACUUGAAGAAAGACGGAAACAAACUGGAUUAGUCGCAUCGAGCAAGAGAGACGGAUUGUUUGACGGCCAGGAUCUUUGGAUGGGACUGAGCUCUGAUUUCCAAGGCCGGACUACGAGUGGCAAAGGUUGGGAUGACGAAAAGGAGCAAUCGAGGUCAGUUUCUUCCGGUCUGAGUCACAAUGACAAAAUAGACAAGAAAACCACAGACUUUGGCAUCAAUAGAAGUCGUAACUACAACCCUGCGUCUGAGAGACAAACUGGAACAGAGUGGAGGAGGAGCAGGAGUGUUGACUGGAGGUCAGGAGCAAGAAGUCCUGACCGAGGCACGCGACGAUCCGAUACCUCAGCAUGGUCAACUGAAGAAAACAACCACGGAAAGAAGGAUACUUCAGGUCUGAGAGGCGGAUCUAUGCCUUCAUUCAGGACUUCUGUAUGGGUUUCUCCAGUCAGCAGUAGCGCCAAAUGUCCUUUGGAGCAAACCUUGGAAGCGAUGGAUGGAGGUAACUCUUUCCCUUUAAGGCUAAAGUCUGCCUCUGAUGCGACCUGGGACUCAAGAGACCUUGGUUCUUUUGGGGCUAAAAGAGGCCAGAGUAUACUGGAACGCAUAGAGAAGCUCUAUGGCGCAUCCAAAAAUGAGGAUUUUAGCAAAGUUCGGUCUUUGUCCUACUCGGAACGAGACCGAUACGACGGAAAGGGUGUCUUGAACAUUUUGCCAAGUUCUUAUGAUGAGGCAACAGAAGGAAACUUUCCCAGGCGUGGCUCUGCUGGUGAGAGAAGCUACCACAGUCCAACGGACACGAAUGGAUCGUUCGCCAGGCCACUUCUUGACAUCAGUGCUCCGGGUUUGAACAACUCACCCUUCCCAAGAACCAGAGCGAGAUUACCGGAGGGACAAUGGCAAGAACGGAUCUAUGGGAGAUAUUCGGACAUAGGUGGCGUCAGCGGGGGUAAAGAGUUCAUGGAGACAAUGUCUCUGGACAGAGCAAGGAGCAGGAACACCAUAGCCGGUCAGAUCAGAAUGGCUCGGACUGCUCAGUCAAAUACUUUAUUAGAGCAAACAACUGCAAGCAGAGAAGGAAAUGGAAGCAUGGAUCUCGGAAAUGUAAAUUGGGAAAGGGAAAAGAACGACGCUCCGAGGAUAAAUGUGACACACAGAACAUUUACACCAGAAAAGGGAAACCUGACCGAGUUUGAACUCAUGGGGAGUUCUGAAAAUGUCUUUGAGUCCCAUCUACACAACUCCAGAUCCAAUACCGCGGAGUCUAGGGUUCACCCGGAAACGCAGUCUUCAUCAAUCAGUGUGAGGAACAAGAUUAAUCAGUUUGAGGCCCUGACACAGAGAUGUCAGGGUUCUAAGACCGCCAUGCCCAGACGGGCCUUUUCCGUGCCAACACGACUCUACAGUGCCCACGACAGCUUGAAGAGAGAGUCAAGAACUGGUACCCGGGGUGACAGGUACACGGGUCUGAAUGAAUUAGAGGAGAAUGGGAGGAAAUCAGAGGAGAAAGGAGGUCCACGUCAACUAAAAAAUCAGUCGCAAAGAUCUUUGUCAGUGGAUGAGAUUGGACAAAAGAUGGAAGGACCAACGAUGGAUCGUGUUAACAAAUACACAGUUACACAUUUUAGCGAAUAUUCCAAAUUGAAGCAUACGCAAAAAUCAGAAAAUACCCAAGAGCACACAAACUUCUACUUGGACGAACCCGACCAUGGUAAAGCCUCAAGCAACAAAGACCGCAGAAGCACCAACACAGACUUACCAAGCGACCCUGAUCACCCCGCAUAUGCAAAACCUGGUGUGAUCAUUUUAUCCGUCGCUGAUGAAGACCAGACUCCAACAAACUCCCCAAACCACUCGCCGUCAUGGUCUCCAGUCUCCUUACCGAUCCAUAACUCUUCACUUGUACCGACUGAAAAAGAAAGCCAAGCGUGCCUUCCGACCCCCGUACGCCCCCUCGCCUCGUCCUCUCGCGGCAACCUUGCAGAUCUCCUGAUUCCAGACGUCAUCGACGGUGACGCAAAAGGGAGGAAACAGAUGAUUGACUUGGAUGCUUGGGUGGCGGGCUGGAAGGCCUGGAGGGACGAUGACGAUGACAGUGAGGAUGACGACGCGAGCACACAGAAAGAUGGCGACUCAAACUACGAUUCCGACUCUGGAGAAUCCUCGGUGACCAUCACCAGCAACAUGAGCCUAUCGGAUCGCAGGAGCUUCUCAGUCAGUCUCGCCGAAUUGUGUUACUUCACUGGAACCGACUAUGAAUCAGACACGGAUGAUGAGUGGUCAGCGGCGACGGUGGGCAAUAGGCGGUCGGCAUCACUGAGCUCGGACAUGUCGGCACUGUCGUACGUGUCCGUGCUGCCCACCGAGGAGCUCGACAAGCUGCUGGAGGAUGUCAGGGGCCUGCGGGACAGCGACCUGCAGGUUGACAACGUUCAUGUGGUGGUUCUCCACAAGGAGAUGGCUGUCGGACUGGGCUUCAGUAUAGCAGGAGGCAUCGACCAGAACAAGCCGGUCAUCGUCCACAAGGUGUUCCCCAGCGGUGUGGCAGCACAAGAAGGCUCCAUCAAGGAAGGGGAUCAGGUCUUGUCCAUCAACGGCACAGCGCUUGAACGCCACACUCACUGGGAGGCUCUGAGGGUCCUGAGACGGGCCAAGACUCGUGAGAUGGGAGUGGUUGUCCUGAGAAGAGGGGGUGUUAGGAGCAUCUCAAAGGGGGCGGUGGGUCCGAUGGAGGAAGUAGGACCAACGCAGACCUCUGGGACAGAUCAGCAUAUGAAAGUGCGUCUGGAGAAGAAAAGCAGGGAUCUGGGCUUCAGUCUGGAGGGAGGUGUCGGUCUGGGAGACAAACCGCUCACCAUAAAGAAGAUCUUCCAAGGGGGUCCGGUGGACAAGAUAUGUCCCGGUGAUGAGGUGAUGGAGAUCGAAGGCGUGAGCAUGGUGGGAAUGAGGCGCCUGGAGGCCUGGACUUUGAUCCGACGGCUUCCAUCCGGACCCGUCGAUGUGGUAAUACGUCGGCCUCGUAACGCUCCAGAACUGUAGGGAAUGUGGAAUCAAAUCUGAUCUGGAGCGUUCCGAAAAUAGGCCGCUUAAGCAUAUUUGCUGAUGUAUAUUUUUAACAAAGCCAUUUACACAAGAAGGAUAAACGAUAUUUUAUGGCGGUGACAGGAUGCAGCUACCUCAAAGCCGUAUGUGAACAAAGACCGACAUUAUGUAAUAUACUGUGAAGCGAUGCUAACAGCAUUUAAAAGUUGAUAUUGCUUUUUUAAUAAAGCUGAACUCAAA